UGGCGGUUUGCGCGGCGGACGGUGCUCUGGCGGACGGGAGCUGCUGUUGCACAAUAGGCACAGGUCCUCGGCCAGCAUCCCUCAGAGGGCAGCAUCCGCAGGAGGAGGUAGAUCCCGUUCUGGACCAGCGUAAGAAGAACCAAAAAUGUUCUCCCGACUGCGAGCAGCUGCCACUCCCUGCGCAGUGGCAUGUCGCAGCGCACACACAAAAGAAAAAGGCAAGCCACUGAUGUUAAACCCACGAACGAACAAGGGUAUGGCCUUCACAUUACAGGAACGACAAAUGCUUGGGUUGCAAGGACUUCUACCUCCUAAAAUAGAGACACAAGACAUUCAAGCCUUACGCUUCCAUAAGAAUUUGGCAAAAAUGACAGACCCCUUGGAAAAAUAUAUCUACAUAAUGGGAAUCCAAGAGAGAAAUGAAAAGUUAUUCUAUAGGGUGUUACAAGAUGAUAUCGAGCGUCUAAUGCCGAUUGUGUACACGCCAACAGUAGGCCUUGCCUGCUCCCAGUAUGGACACAUCUUCAGGAGACCAAAAGGAUUGUUUAUUUCUAUCUCGGACAGAGGCCAUAUCAGGUCAAUUGUCAACAACUGGCCAGAGAACGACGUUAAGGCUGUCGUCGUCACUGAUGGAGAAAGAAUAUUGGGUCUUGGUGACCUGGGUGUGUAUGGGAUGGGAAUUCCAGUAGGAAAGCUGUGUUUAUAUACAGCCUGUGCAGGAAUACAUCCAGACAAAUGCUUGCCUGUGUGCAUCGACGUUGGCACUGAUAAUAUAACACUCUUAAAAGAUCCAUUUUAUAUGGGCCUGUACCAGAAACGAGAUCGCUCACAGGUCUAUGAUGACCUAAUUGAUGAAUUUAUGGAAGCCAUCACAGACAGGUAUGGCCAGAACACACUUAUCCAAUUUGAAGACUUUGGAAACCACAAUGCUUUUCGUUUUUUAAGGAAAUACAGAGAGAAAUACUGCACCUUCAAUGAUGAUAUUCAAGGGACAGCUUCAGUGGCCUUGGCAGGACUGCUGGCAGCACAGAAAGCCACUGGCAAGCCACUUGCAGAGCAGAAAGUGCUGUUCCUUGGGGCAGGAGAGGCUGCCCUGGGAAUUGCAAACCUCAUUGUUAUGGCUAUGAUGGAAAGUGGUGUUUCUACUGAGGAAGCCUACAGGAGAAUAUGGAUGUUUGACAAAUACGGCUUACUGGUUCAGGGCCGAGAGCAAAAGGUGGAUUCCAAUCAGGAACCAUUUACACAUAAAGCUCCAGAGCAGAUACCAAAGACAUUUGUAGAAGCAGUGAAUGUGCUUCGUCCUACAGCUAUCAUAGGCGUUGCAGGAGCUGGGCGGCUCUUCUCUCAGGAUGUGAUCAAAGCAAUGGCCUCUAUCAACGAGCGACCCAUAAUAUUUGCACUAAGUAACCCUACAACACAAGCUGAAUGCACAGCAGAGGAGGCAUAUACAUUAACAGAGGGUCGUUGCUUGUUUGCCAGCGGCAGUCCCUUUGAGCUGGUGACUCUGAAAGAUGGAAGAACCUUCAAACCAGGCCAAGGAAACAAUGCUUAUAUUUUUCCAGGCGUGGCUCUGGCUGUGAUCCUCAGCAGCGUUCGGCACAUUAGUGAUAAGGUUUUCCUAGAGGCUGCUAAGGCAUUGGCAGAACAGUUGACUGAUGAAGAGCUUGCACAAGGAAGACUUUAUCCUCCGCUGUCUAAUAUCAGGGAAGUUUCCAUUUAUAUUGCUGUCAAGGUGAUGGAAUUCUUGUACGCAAACAACAUGGCUUUCCAUUACCCUGAACCUGCAGACAAGAACCGUUACAUUCGAUCAAAGGUUUGGACCUACGAGUACGAAUCCUUCAUGCCAGAUGUGUAUGACUGGCCUGAAUCUAAGGUUCACUGAUGCAUCAGAAGAUCACACUCCUCAGGCAGUAUCUUCUACUCUGCAGGGAUACAUUUUUCCGACCAAUUAACGAUCUUUUGAGUUCUGUAAUUUAUUUUUUGCUCAUUUUGUUUUCUUUCUUUUCCCCCCCCUUCUGCCCUGUUUUUCACUUGACGUAGAUUUCUCCCCACUCUCCCAAGUACCUGAUAAAACUGUAUGGAUGAUGGCAUCUGUCACAGGGAUGAGAGAGCUCUCCAAAACUAAUUUAAAUAAUGACAGUGCAUCUCUAGCUCAGAGCCGUCACCGCGCUAAAGAAUUCCAUUAAUGAUGUUUUAGCUACGAUGUUUUAGCUGAUGAUAGCUCUCUCAUCACUGCUGAUAGCCACUAUGAUUUAUUUCUGCUUUUAAUAAUCAGUCUUCUAGUUGUCCUCGUGUCGUCACGCUGCAUUAUCUGUGACAUCACCAGAUAACGUUUGUCAAAAAAAACCCAAUGAGAGCUUAAGACAAAUUUAACAGUCUAAUGGGCUUUCUGUUUUGCCUGAAAGAUGCCCAGUCUUCCUUGUGGCACUGGCUGCUCUGAUCCUGUGAGCGUGCUCUGAGGAGCAGUGUGGUGUGCACAUGUGGAAUCCGCAGUAACGUUUGCAUUUUCAUCGUUUUUAUCAGGAAAAGUGUCAUCUGGUUCAAAUUACCCUUGGGAAGCCUGAAAAUAAUAUGAAUUACUUUUAAUAGCUUUUAAAAACAAAACUAUGCUGUCGCAGGUUAAAUUCUGUCCUGUAAAGGCAGGAUCUGAAAUGAUUUACAGAAGUCUGUCAGAGAUUUUACAGGGAGCUUUUUGCAGUGGACUCCAAGAUGACAUACUAAAGGAUUUUGUUUCAUUUGUUCAUUUUUUUCAGCGUUCUGUUGCUUCAGAGAUCAUUUUUACCCCAUGCAUACCCUUGUUCUCGCAGGGAGACUUGUGUGUGAUGUUUUCUUGACAUCGCUGACUCUCAGACUCCUAAGUGGACUCACUUGCCACUUUGAACAAACCCUCCUGCAGGCAGCUGAUGAAGCUGAAACGGAGUGUUACAGGCAGCUAUUGGCACACAUUUACAGAACUUUGUUUCUGUGGUUGUAGUCCAGUAUAUCCAGCUCAGUUUGAACAGAGGGCUUGAAAGAUCUAAUAUUUAGAAGCAUUAAGUCCAUGACUUCGCCUUCAUUGCUCUGUUCACAGGUUUGAUUUGCCAGGCUUUUUUUGUGUGUGUGCAAACAAAAUCGGUCAGUUGAUUUUUCCCUGUGACGAUUAGUGCUGCACAUCUGCUACAGACACCACCGUGUGCAAUCCUUUGCAUUCAGUUAGGAAUCAGGUUUGAGUGCCCUCCGUUAGCUCAUGUUACCAGGCGAGGGCACAGACUGAUAGUUACAGAUGGUCUCUGUAACAAGAACAACGGUAUGACAAGGAACAGAAUGAUAAAACACUGUUCCAUGGUUUGCUGCAUCCAGGCCAAAAAAGACAGAAAUGAACAGGUAGAUGUUAAAGGGCUGUACUGGCAAACUUGAAGCAGGAACCCAAAGAGAUGAAGCAGAGCUUCUAUGACAAGCACCUCUCUCAUAUCCUCAUUUAUAUCAGAAAAAACGCAGUCUCCACAGAAUAGGCCCUAAAUAGAACAGGGGAAAUAGUCUCUGCACCCCAUGCUGCCUAGACUCUGAUUUUAAAAUGAUGUUCACAUGUUAGAUAAAAAGAACAGUAAACUUUGAGAAGGCUUUACCUAAGCGAGGGAAGAAGACUGAUUAUGUAAACACAGAAAAUAGUGAUGUGGGGAAAAUGCUACAUAUACAAACUGUGGUAAAGUGUUGUCUGGUGGGGCACGAAGUGCAACGUGGCCAAGUUGAGCAACAUACGUGGUUUGCAACUUGUGUAUGUAAGUAUGGCAGACAAAAGACCAACACACACAUGAGAUGUUUUUACAAAUAGUGCUUUUUUCAUCUAUUUUUGCUAUGGCUGUUUUUUAUUGUAUUUAAAUUUGUGACCUUACCAGGAAAGAAAAUUAUUUAUUUAGUGUACAAAUUAUUUUUACCUUCUGCAAGCUCUAGCUGAAGGCUUGUUGUAGUUUGUCAGUGGAGUGGAUUGGGGACAAACACUUCGCUUCUGCCAACGCACUAAUUAAUUAGGCAGGCGAAUAACAAAAACAUCCCGAGCAUGGAUCUUGUGUCCUGGCUCAGAGCGAUGACGGAGGCAGGGCAAUCAGUCCAUAAAUAUAACUCUGGCUUAGAAAAUAAAGAUCUGCAUACAUCUC